AUGAUAACGAGAUCGAAUCUAGCAGAACAGCUCAGGGAAUAUCAGAUUAGAUCAAAGCAUGAUUGGGCCUCCGUCUCUUUCUUCUCUUCCACCUCGAAUUUCUCCUCUACCAGAUUCGACGUCGUAGUAUUUGUCAUAUGGGAGCUAGUGAUCUUAGCGUUCCUGGUGUUUUCAGCAGUAUCAUUGUACUUCAGGAGGUUGCAACUCGCAUUCAUCCUGGUUUGUGUCAGCUUACUAUUCCUUGUUUCGAUGAAAAUCACAAAGCAAGUGAGACUAGCGAGGAAGAAGAAGCGAAGAAUGCUUCUUCCUCUCUCUAUGUAA